AUGGACUUUUACCAACCCACCUUUCUCUUUCGACAAAACGCCAUGCGCCGUCUGCUGUCUCCCGAACUCAAUCCCAACGGUCUGUCUGAGAGCCUUAUCAGCAAGAACCUGCUGUGGCUUUUGAGCCCAAACACAUCCGACGUUGAGCUCGUGCAAAAAGCCUGCUCACUAGAUCGCCUUAAUAUCAAGUCCAACUACUGGAAAAUCCCUGACGGCGACAUGAACUUAACUGCAUUGGCAGCUAGCGACCAACACGCUGCAUCCCCACUAGUCGCUGUAUCCAGCGCCAACACAGAUUCGAACCUUUUUGUCUACGAGCUUGAUUCGCUCAACCAUUAUCUAACACACCACACCACCAUCUCAUUACCCAAUAUCCAUGGCCUCGCGUGGGUCCCUAACCAGCAGCUGCGCUUUUUGGUCUCAGGCAAUAAUAAAGGUUACGCCCAUUUGAUAUCUGUUCCGCUCCCAGCAAGCUAUGGAGGCGAUCCAGACGGAGAAGAAUGUGCGGAAAUCGUCAAACGCUUCAACCACAGGAAACACCUAAGGGCUGUGGGGAAGGAUCCAUCACUGCAUUUACAUUCUAGCACAUGUGUUUCCAAAUUGGGCUUUCUCGACGACCGUCUAGUGUCCAUUUACGAUGACACUUUAUUUGUGUGGAACAUGAAUGAUUGCCACCAGUCCAUGCGUCCUAGACCGGAACUGAUUGCUGUGGUGCCUGGUAUCCGUAAUUUCGACUCUCAUACCGCAGACUGGACCACUUUGGCAGUUUGUGGUGGCUUUGGUCUCUCAUUGUACGAUGUACGUUCAGCCACAUACAGUGUGCCCUAUUCAGGUUCCAAGUUGCAUUUACAAGGCGCUCAAAUCAGAGCAGGAGUAGUGAGAUGGCAUCCUGAAAACGAACACGUAAUGGCCAGUGCCCACGAUGACGGUGUGGUUCGCUUGUGGGACAUUAGAAAGAACGAGACUUUGGGUGAGAUUAAGGGUCAUGAACGCAAAAAGAUCACAACAAUGGCAUGGAACCACGGCGAUUUGUUCACUGGGGCAAGCGACGGAAACAUUGUCCAUUGGGACUUAAGUUCUGAUGUCGAUAUUGCUCUGGCUGGGGACAAACUUCUGAGGUGCACAAUGAAAGAGGGCGUUAACAGUGUUCGUUUUGAUGCGACAACAAACACUCUCAUGGAUACCCUUACCGAAAGGCAAUGCGGCACUUUGCUCCCGGCACUGAAUAACCAAAUUGUGGAUAUGUGCCAUAUUGGCUCGGGAACCGACUGCAAGAUUCUUAGUAUUGACUCGUCAGCAUUCUUGGGAUUACACUCGAGAAUCUAUGCUGCCCUCGGUGCGGAAGAAAAGACCCACUACACGAGCGCUGAUCUUGCGUUGAUCGCCAGAGAGGAAAGCUCCAUCGCCACGCUCGUCGACUCCUCCGAGAGUCUUAUUAAACCUUUGUGCAUACGCAGAGACAAGGCACCACAAACCGAACCGAAACCCCUGGUUCUGCUGGCUAAAACCCUUAUACCAUCCGAUGUCUCGCCAACAAUUACACUGGCAGAGAAGUUCGUUUCGCUGCCAGAAACCCUUGUUUCUCUGCCUAAGAAAGCUUACCUGUCUGCUCUUCUGCCUCUCGUUUCAACAAACAAGCUGGAAUCUGAAUUUGACUUUCUUGACAUGUGGAGCGACAGCAGGCUGUCGGUGGUGUCAUUGCAUUCGGUGGAUCUGGCUCAAAACCUGCCUUUCCUGAACAAUGACUCAGCCUACACACUAUCCACAACUGCCACCAUAGUCGGCCCUCUGGAGGAGCAGAAAAACCCAAAAUCUUUGGCGUACUUGGACAGCGAAUUAGAUCGCAUUUGCUCCGAGUUUCAAGUGGGCAUCGCCGCAUAG